GUUCAAUCAAACGGUGCAUAUACAAAUUUAACAACAUAUUUGAAAAUGAAAGAUUAUUUGAGACAAAUACUAUCUACUUAGUUCUAGUUUAACCUGAUAUUAUUAUUUUCUUUGCCACUCGUGUUGACAGAUGGUCCCGAUUAUGCCUAUACGUGUGAGUGCCCGAUCGCACUAACAGGAGCGCGCACGUGGCUGUCAGCAGAAGGAAAUGCAGGCGAUUUGUGCUAAAUGUCUAACAGCAGCACGACCACACUGAUUGUGAAGGACAGUUUGGAAGAAAGGAAUACCAUUUGGUCGUAAAAUGAUAUACAUUUGUAAGAUUUAAACUCUCUGCAGUUAUGUCAGAGAGUAACCCAAACAGACAGCUAGGCUAACAACACUCGCCUAACAUCAUUAGCCAGCAAGCUAACUAACUAACUAACUAGCUAGCUAGUUUUGGGGGACAUUGCGCCUCCUAACCUGCUCAGCCGUUGUCUAUUUAUUUUCCCUUUGUUGCCUGGACAGUCCAGCUUCUCAUUGUCGUGCUUUCAUUGAACGGAGGAGCUUAGCGGACCGGAGCUGUGGGGGGCCCGCGGACAAACCCCCUACCCUGGGCGUCCAGGCGGACGGAUCACGUAGACACGCGGGCCGUGGGAGCAAAUAAGGAGGCGCCAUGGCCGAAAUCUCCACCCUAAUCCCCUCACCUCCAGCUAUAGGUGACACACAUGCUGCCCCCUCCUUCCCCAUACCUUCUACUGCCCCCCCUCCUCCCAGCAGCACCACUAAGGAGAACCCAAUCCCCAAGUCCUCUCUGUACGGUGACAAAGCUUCUCUGACAUUAACUGUACCAGGAGAGACACAUCCUUCUCACCCUCCUUCUCCCAAGUCUCCCAAGAGAGGGGGGAGAGGACCUCCACCGAGUCCCCCCAAACGCGUCUCAUCAGCGUUAACUCCAGAGACUCCAGUGCCCCCACCUCUAAUACCCCCAGAGAGACCUGCCCCCUUACCUGUAAUAGCCCUAGAUACUCCUGCCAUCCCACCGGUAGAUGUAGCAUUGUGGCAGAGGGAGGGAGUAAAGGAGACAUACAUGGGGACAGGGGCCAGCCCAGUGUUGGCUGUAAAGCAGGAAGUGAGUAACCCAGGGGGCAAGGAGCUGUUGAAUGCCCCCUCAGAGGGCCCUACACAGGCCCACAGUGAGCAAGAGGUACCAGGGGUAACACAGCAGACUACCAGCCCCUCCUCCUGUCUUAAUCUCACCCCUAAUCUCUACCCCAGUGUUCAUGUCACUGUGAACACUAAUCCUGCUACUGAUUAUGCUCAGCCUCAGUCUAUGGUGGAAUCUCCCCCUCCUCCUGCCCCCACUUACACUCCCCCUCCUCCAGACUCCACCCAAGCAGCUGCAGCCCCUGAAGCACAAAAUCGUCAGCCACCAGAAGAAAGCCAAAACCCUCACCCAAACCCUCCCAAACUGGACACCCCCAGCCUGUCUCCCAUACCUGAGACCUCAAGCCAAUCUCCCAGAAGGGCAGAGCUACCCAACACACCCUCCAGAGCAGGGCACCCCAGCCCCCCAGUGAUCCAGGAACCUGUCUCCCUCUCCCUGCCCUACCCCAGAGCCCCAGCCCCAGACACCCUCAGCUACUUGGAGUCAGCCAGCAUGAUGUCAGGGACCCUGGAGUCUCUGUCUGGCCUGGGGGAGGAUGGAAGCUCUAUCGGGUCAGACUCAGAGAUCAACGGCCUGGCUGUCAGACGCACUGACAAAUAUGGCUUCCUCGGCGGGACCCAGUACAGCGAGGGCAGGUGGGCAUGUGAUAAGGACAUCAGAGUUGAUGUAGCACGGCAGAGAGAGCUGAAAUGGCUGGACAUGUUCAACAAUUGGGACAAAUGGGUCUCAAGACGCUUCCAAAAGGUGAAGUUGCGCUGUAGGAAGGGGAUCCCCUCUUCUCUCAGGGCUAAAGCCUGGCAGCUGCUCUCCAACAGCAAGGAGCUCCUGGACUCCAACCCUGGCAAGUUUGAGGAGUUGGAGAGGGAGCAGGGAGACCCUAAAUGGUUGGACAUUAUAGAGAAGGACCUGCAUAGACAGUUCCCCUUCCAUGAGAUGUUUGCUGCUCGUGGUGGACACGGGCAGCAGGAUCUGUACCGGGUACUGAAAGCCUACACAGUGUAUAGACCUGAAGAGGGAUACUGCCAGGCCCAGGCCCCGGUGGCUGCUGUCCUGCUCAUGCACAUGCCUGCGGAGCAUGCCUUCUGGUGUCUGGUGCAGAUCUGUGAGACGUACCUGCCUGGAUAUUAUAGUGCUGGAUUGGAAGCAAUCCAGUUGGACGGAGAGAUCUUCUUCUCUCUGCUACGUCGUGUCUGUCCCAUGGCCUACCGUCACCUGAAGAAGUUUAAGAUAGACCCCAUUCUCUACAUGACCGAGUGGUUCAUGUGUGUCUUUUCACGCACCCUGCCGUGGUCCUGUGUGCUACGUGUGUGGGACAUGUUCUUCUGUGAGGGAGUGAAGAUAGUGUUCCGUGUGGGCCUGGUGCUGCUCAAGCAGAUGCUUGGCUCGGUGGAUAAACUGCGGGAGGUCCAGGGCAUGUACGAAACCAUGGAGCGCCUCCGGAACAUCCCACCUGAGUCUGUCAGAGAGGACCUAUUGGUGCAGGAGGUGGUGUCCCUAGCGGUGACCGAGGCUCUGAUCGAGAGGGAGUGCAGUAUUCAGGUAAGGAAGUGGAGGGAGUCCAGGGGCGAACUGACCCACCAGCCUGUCCGACGGCUCCACGGGACACGGGACAUCCACGAGCACAAGCGUCGGGCCUCCGCCAUCAGCUCCGGGGGUAGUUUCUCCUUCCUGGGGUCCAUCCCCCCUCCAGGGCCCCUCAGGGCUUCCUCCAGCCUGCUCUCCCUCCCCGGCUUCCGCAAGUCCAAAACCCCCUUCCGUUCUCAGAAGAUGGGCUCCUUCUCUGGGGCCUCUGGGAUGGAGGCCAUGCAGCGACAGAACCCCUCAGCGGCAGCUUCAAGCCCACCCAGAGGCCCCGCCCACAAACCACCCAUGUCUAGUGGCUCUGUAGCUAGGGUGCCUGCCUCUCAGAGUCCUUUGGUUGGGUCUGGUCCAGGCCCCUCUUCUGGCCCAGCCCAGACCUCAGCACAGAGCCAGCCUGGUGCAUCAGCCCCAGUACACCAUACACCACCAAACACCCUCUCCCCCAAAGUUACUUCCGAGCAGAUCACACCCACCAUCCCAUCACCCACCGCUAACAACACACCUCUGCCCCCGUUCCCAGACGGAGGGAGAGGAGGAGGAGGAGCUACAGGAGGAGAGGAUGACAGGAAGAAGAAGAGGAGCAAGGAAGACAAGAAGAAAGAGAAGGAGGAGGAGAAGAGGAAAGAGAAGGAGAAGAAGAAGGACAAAGCAGACAAGGAGAGCCAGAAGAAGGAGAAGGAGCGGGCAGAGAAAGAGAAGAAAAGGGAGAAAGGGGGGAAGAAAAAGGACAGAGGGGGAGGAGAGGCAGAGGAGAAGAAUGGAGCCACAGCACCAAGAGAUUCGGCCUAGUUUCUCCUGUUAUUCCUUCAGAAAGAAAACGGAGAAGGGAAAAAAGAGGACAUGGAAACAAAAGACCCCCAGAAGUAGAACGAGAGCGAGAAAAGAAGGCCUCCUGUAUAGUGCAUCUUGAGGACUACAUAUAGUCAGGAGACAUCUGGAUCAUGGUUUUAUUAGCACCCCAGGGGUCAUGCCCCCCCUAUACAACCCCCCUCCCCCAUGCUUUCUUCAUCAAUGAGUUUGAAUAAUUAAGAUGGGACACGUUUCCUUUUGCAACUGGAGAAUUGUCUGUGUGGUUCACAAUGAAUCUCCCAAGAUCACACAACUGUUUUCUCAUUUAGUUUAUUAUUUUAUUUAGUUUUUAUCAGACUAUAGCUGGUGGACAGACAAGCCGUUGGACAUAGAGUAGGUGGGAGUUAUAGAUAGGGUGUAAAUAGAACAUCCUAAAUCCAUGUAGGACCCUUGAGUCGUUCCCCAUAAUGCCCUGUCAUGUCCAGUUUGUGGUCAGAUGUCCAACCGGAAUGCCUGCAGAUAAAAGUAAACAAUUGAAAAAUAUCUCAAACCCAGGCACUGAAGACCGUGAUUGCUGGUAGUACUAUGGUAUUUGGAUGUCUGGGAGGACCUAUUUAUUGUAGUGUUAAGUGUUGUGUGAGUGUGUGCCUUAGUAGCGUAGUGAGCUGAGUUACCGUUCAAUAUUGCCACCCAGUUUCUCUGCUCUUUCUCUCAUGUCUUUGUCUUCUUUUUUGAGUUGCUUGUUUUCUCCCCCCUUUCUCUCAUCUCUUGAUCUCUAGUCCUCUGACCAGUGACUAAAGGUAAAUGGAGAGAUAACAGGUAAAUGGAAAUAUGUACACUGCGAUAGGGAGGGUUUGUAAGGAGAGGGAGAAAUGAACAUGACAUUCUGAGCCUUGACAGACAGACAUGCAUGGAUCAGGAUGGCACCUCCCUAACAACACGAAGUGAUUUAAUUUUAGAAUGUUUUUUUUUUUUUUGUCUUUUCAAGUCUCUCUUGAGUAUGUUUAUAGUGGGAGAUGAUAAUAGAUACUGGUAGUUCAGUGAGGGAGGGUCCUUCUGCAUUCAAUGACAACUCUGAAUCUGCCUGUCAGACCAAAUGUCCAUCUAUUAUUUUUCUGCUUGUGAUAAAUUAAAUAAUAUAUAUUUUAUUUAGCCAAAUAGUAAUAAGGGUGAGGCUUUUAGUAAAUUAACCCAUUGGAAUGUGAUCUAUUUAGAGUGAUUUGAGAAACUUAAGUUGACCACUCCUGUUUGGUAGGUAGGUAGGUUGUUGAAUCUCAUCUGGAUAGUUCAUACAGAAUGAUAGAGGCCUCUAGUGGCCAAAGGGCUGUUUUAGCAUGAGCAGGGCCAUGGGCUUCCACCAUUUGAAUGUAGUCAACAUGGUGGGACUUCCAACUUCAUUGACCGAUCCCUACUGGUGACCCUGUUGAAGUCGUGCAACCAGGGCAUCAGGAGGGAUCAGCCAAUCGGGAAGAAGAAAAUUGACUACUUUGAAAUGGAGAUUGCCUCAAUGAAGUGGGUCAGGCUUGCCAAUGUAGCAUUAACCUCUGAACUCUGACCUUCGGGCUAUGAUGUAUUUAUGUACAAAGUUGGUUAAUUUAAUCAGAUAUUAUAUAUGUAUUCUUUAUUUUGGAUCUGACUGCUAUUUUUCUAUGCGAGUAAAGUACACCUGGUUAACUGGAAGGAUGGCUGGCGAUGUGAAGCCCAGUUUGAGGAUAAUGUUAAGUAUUGUGUUUUUUAGAUACUGGUAUGGCUGUUUUGAUUUCAUUAUUGCACAUUUGUCCUCAUCUUCUAAAAUAAAUCCUGUUUAUGUCAUUUCAUAUUUCAAGUUUACUGUGGUAGCUAUGGAUAAUGUUAGGUCCACAAUUCUCCAUUUACCUUAUUACAGUAUUAAACCUGAGAGUGAUUGAAGAACAGGGGAAUGACCAUCAACCGAUGAACUAAGAUUCACAUGAGUAUUUUAGAUAUGACAUAAUUUGAGUGAGCCGAAGGUCAUAAAGUACUGUAUAAGAAACUGGGAGGCAUUUAGUCAACUCUGACAAGGGUUAUAAAUUGAAGAUCUGAAGUUGUCUGUCUUUGUCACGCUAGUAUGUUGUAACCAACCACCAUGAUGUUUUAAUAACUCCCUAACCCACUCACACACAGUGUUAUGUAACGUAUCUAUACUGUACAUUAGAUGGAUAGUGUCGGUUAGUUACUGUAACACCAUUCCUUGGUGGAAACCGUUGAUUCUCUUAACACUCAUUCUCUGUACUGUUUUUGUAGGAGAGGAGGGUCUUUAGUGUAAUCGUAGCCAAAAUGUCCUUUUUGUUCACUAUUUGUCUUUUUCCCCAACUCAUGUUAUUUUUUUAAGCCCAUGCUUUCCCCCACAUUUUGCUUUCAGUCUUCUCAGAAUCACUUGGAUCAGAGGUAGAGUCGGCAAAGAUGACUUGAACAUGUUUAUGCAAACCUUACUGUUCACAAAGAAUGUUGUCAAACAGCAGCACUGACGGCCAGCAAUGCCACUGCUGAGAUCAGUAGUUUUCAUGGCAAUAAUUAGAAGUUGGAGAACUCUGAGAAUGUUGGAGAACCCUGAGAAUGCUACAGAACCAAUCAGGAUAGAGCAAUAUUUCUCCAAGCAGGCCCUGGCUUCAUCCAAUUGGGUAGGCUCCUUAAGGUCCUCAAUUCUAUGUUGAGUCAUCAAGAGGUUGUGACGGUCAUCCUGUCAUUGCUCCCAAACUGAUCUUGAUCUGGAAUCAGUCCUCAUGCCUGAAAUAGCCAGGAUGAGUCAACAGAGACACUUAGGUCCUGAGUGCAUUUCUGCAUUGGUCCUGAAAUCCUUGAGCUUGAUUGCUUUUAAUCGGGAGUGUCCCACUGAUUAGAUUUUUUUAAAGGUUGUUGCUGUUAUGUUUUCUAUUUUGUCAUGGUUUCUCCCCAACUGUAUGUCUUUUGUUGUUUUAAGUUUACAUGGAAUUGUUAUUGGUGGAAAAAUAAAAUCCUAGAUAAUGAAAUGCAUUCCUUAACUGCAGAAAAUCUACACAUGAUGUAUUUCAUUAAUAAUGAUAAUGACAGUUGUGAUGAAUAAUAAACCAUAAUAUAUUAAAGAACUCUGCUCUA